AUGCCCAAUUGGUCUGAUCCCGCGGAAAUUGUGAGAGAUGCGGGCAUAUUCCAGAAGUUCUGUCUUGCUCUUCUCGGCGUAUCGACAUGGGAGGUCUUUGCGCAGCUUCCUUUUGACUAUUCCAUGGUUACCGGUCAGCGCAAGGCUCGCUGGCCGCUUAUCAUUUACCUUUACUGCAAGUACAGCCUGUGGUUCGCGGUCAUUGGCGUCAAUGUCGCUUUGAACGUCACGUCCAAAGUCGAUUGUCAGUCUCUUUAUGUGUUUAAUCAAUUUGCGGGAAAUACAGCAAUAGGGAGCGCGUCCACUUUGCUUAUGCUGCGAACCAUUGCAAUAUGGUCUCAUAAACAUGCGAUCACUAUCCCCUUGGUGGUCCUCAGUCUUGGUCAAUGGGCAAUCUUAUUUCAUGUCAAGAGCUCUUGGUCGGAGGUUUCACAUGCCUGCGUCGUGACUGGUACGAAGCCAGCAUUCAUCGAUCUUAUUUACUUAUACACGAUGUCGUUUGAUUUUGUUGUCAUGGUCGCCUCCGUUGUUGGUCUUCUUUAUACUGGAGGCCGCUCCAGUCUGUGGAUUCUCCUGUUCAAGCAAGGCGUCGUGUACUUCGUCGUAGCAUUCACUGCUAAUCUGAUUCCUGCGGUCUUCCUCUUGUUGGACUUGAAUCCAAUCAUGAACAUCAUGUUCACUAUUCCCGCUGCAACUGCAACCUCCAUUGUCGCGUGCCGUUCCUUUGUUUCCCUGACGGAUUACAAGUCAACGGAGGUGUAUGUGCAGUGCGUAUUAUGUCAUCUUUCGUAG